AUGACCGAACACUCCCUCACCCUCCCCCAAUUCAAGCCCGACAACGUCUCGGAAACAACCACAACCCAAAUCCUCCUCACCCCACCCCCCGAAGAACAAGACCACGAUCAAGACCAAGGCCAAGAACAAGAACCCCCACUCUCCCAAACCCAAGACCAAGAUCAAGAUCACAACGCAUACGAUACCCCCCAACCAAACACCCUCAUUAUCGAAAAUAUGAAAACAUACCUAACCACCUCCCUCUUCCGCGCCAGUCUCCGGGCAAGCUCCUCCGUCUCCACCGCUUUGGACUUCCUGCACGCGCAUCCGGUUAUUGCGACUUUGCUGGUGGCGCAGUUUGUUUGCUCGUGCGUGCCGAUCGGGUUGUUUAUCGCUGGGGCGGUGAUUGUGGCGUCACUGGCGGUGGCGCUGUAUUCCUGUGUCGCGGUUUUGGUGCUUGCGCCGGUGGUGAUUGGGACGAGUAUUUUGGGAUUCUGUGUUUGGGGGUGGGGGUGGGUUGUGUUUGUGGUUGGAAGGUGGGUUUUGGGAGUUGUUGUUGAUGGAGAGAGAGGGGGGAGUUUGAAUGGGGAUCUUGAUGGGGAGGAGGGGGAGAGGGAUUGA